AUGAUUAUUUUGAGGGCAAAAAGAAAAAAUUCGGACGAAAAUAAAUCAAUUCCGCAGACAGAAUCCACACAAACAGAAAAAGAAGAGAAGAAAGCUGAGAAGGGUUUGUUUUGCUUACCUUACUCUCUUCCCGUCGUCCUCGUCGUCUUUAUUUACGUCGUCGUCGUCGUCUUCUUCUUCUUCUACUACUACUACUACUACUACUACUACUACUACUCUCCACCUUCCUCACUUUCUUCUUCACUUCUUUGUCUUCUUCUUCCAUCUCCUCCUCCCCGAGAAGAAGCGCGCGGCUUUUUCCUUUUCUUGUUGGAAAGAGGCAACCUCUUCUUAUUAUUAUUAGUAGUAAGAAAAAGAAAAAAGAUGCCGAGAAGAGAUCAGGAAGCGCUACUGUUGCAGAACAGCAUCGCCGAAGAAGAGAGCUCCAUGGGAACGCAAAUACCUCUGGCGAAGUCCACGAGCGUAACGCUCUUCCAACACCACCACCAAGGAGAGGGAGAAAAACAACAACAAUUUCUUGGACAAAAUUUGGAGGAGCGGGACAGUCUGGUUUUAGUCGUCAACGAUCACCAAAUCGCGGCAGAGAAAGACGGAGAUUUGGAAAAACCACUUCGCACGUGCUCGACGCCAGAUUGCACCGGCAUCCAAAAAAGAUCUUGGUACAAGUCUAAAAUCCUCGUCGGAAACGAUAUGUGCCAGUCGUGCUACAAAAAGGAGAGGUUGGUUCUCAGUAAUCGGAUUUGCAACGACUGUCAAACGACGCAGACGCACUCGGAUUGGUACAGGUCGAAAGUCGUCAAAGGCACGUACUUGUGCGAUAAGUGCUACUAUGUAGAGUUACUGAAAGUGCAAAAUCGAGAAUGCAACGACUGUGGAUCCUCGAAAACCUCCAUCGCGUGGUCGAAAAGUAAGAGAUUUCCGGGCAAGUUUGUCUGCCAGCGAUGUUAUGUUCGAGAAAAAUUGGCGCUCACUACAAAAACGUGUUAUUUGUGCAAAUCUGACAAGACUUCGUCUAAAUGGAUCAAGUCGAAGGUUAUCCUCGGCGCGGAUUUAUGUGUCAACUGUUACAACAAAGAAAAGUUGUCGCUCUCCAACAAACAGUGCGGCGUGUGCGCCUCGCGAAAGAGUUCGAUGGCGGGUUGGUACAAAUCCAAGAAAACUCCCGGCGUCGACUUGUGUAACUCGUGUUAUAAAGUGGAGCGCAAUUCAAUGGCUAAUAAAGUUUGUAACGAUUGCAAAACCACGAAGACCUCGCAAUGGGCAAAGUCGAAGACGACCGUCGGCGUGGAUUUGUGCUUGAAGUGCUAUUCAAAGGAGAGGUCGCUUUUAAAGACACUGACGGCUGCGGCUACCGGACAGACGAACGAGUGA